UUUUUAGUCUCAUCACUGCUUUAGAAAUAAAAUAGGUAUACGACGCGUAAAACGUCUGCGAAAAAGCUUUGUUUUUUAUUGUAAUCGUAAGUGGGCCAACCUGCGUCAAAUAAUAAGUAGUUGUAAUCAAAAUGUUUGUGGUUCAAAGGAUUGUUGAAUGAGUGACACCGGCAGUGAAUCUGAAAUAGAGGAGGCGACUGAGCACACGGCACUCAUGGACGGCCACAUAGCUGAAGCGCGCCCUGAUCGGGAGAUAGCCGAGCGAAUAGCCAGGAAACGAAAGACAAAGUCCGAUAACCAGCAGUCAUAUGGCAGUGUGGAGCGGACUGAAGGUGGCGCUUCUGGAGCGGCUGGCACGUCAGCAUCAAACCCGCCUCCACCACAGCCUCCUGCCGAUGCUCAGAUAGAAGAGUUGGAGCUCAAAUAUGGCGCCCGCCAUGUCAUUAAACUCUUCGUGCCUGUUACUCUGUGCAUGCUCGUCGUUGUCGCCACUAUUUCAUCCAUUAAUUUUUACUCAGUUAAGGAUGUAUAUUUAGCUUAUACACCAUUUCAUGAAGAAAGUCCAUAUGCAGUAACAAAAGUAUGGAAUGCCCUUGCCAACUCAAUGAUCCUGCUGAGUGUGAUUGCCCUCAUGACUGUGCUGCUCAUUGUGCUCUACAAGAAGAGGUGCUACAAGAUCAUCCACGGCUGGCUCAUUCUCUCCUCACUCAUGCUACUGUUUCUGUUCUCAUAUCUGUAUAUUGAAGAAGCAUUAAGAGCAUACAACAUACCUAUGGAUUACAUUACACUGGUGUUUGUAAUGUGGAACUUUGGUGGUAUGGGAAUGAUAGUGAUCCACUGGAAGGGUCCCCUGAGGCUGCAGCAAGCAUACCUGAUCUUCAUAGCGGCGUUAAUGGCGCUCGUAUUCAUCAAGUACUUGCCUGAGUGGACCACUUGGGCUGUUCUAGCUGUUAUAUCAAUAUGGGACCUGAUAGCCGUAUUGACACCAAAGGGACCACUAAGAAUACUGGUGGAGACUGCACAAGAACGAAAUGAACCAAUAUUCCCUGCACUUAUUUAUUCCUCGACGGUGAUGUACUGCCUGGCGGCCACGACGCCGCCGCCGCCAGGUGAGCCGCGCGCGCGGGAGCUGCGCCCUCUACACCCGCACGGCAGGGGCACGGCGGACGAGAGGCGUGCGGCGCGCGAGUCGGGCGGCGCGGGCGACGCGGCCGGCUUCGACGCGGCGUGGCAGGCGCGCGCGCAGCAGCAGCGCCGCCUGCGCGUCGACAGCAGCCAGCCGCCGCGCUACACCACGCGCCUCGAGCGCAGCCCCGCGCCCGCGCAGCAGCCCGCGCUCGACGACGAGGAGAAGGGCGUCAAACUCGGUUUGGGCGACUUCAUAUUCUACAGCGUGCUGGUCGGCAAGGCCAGCUCUUACGGAGACUGGAACACAACACUCGCGUGUUUUGUAGCUAUACUAAUUGGACUGUGCCUAACAUUGUUACUGCUAGCGAUACUCAAGAAGGCGCUACCCGCAUUGCCUAUCUCCAUAACGUUCGGUUUAAUAUUCUACUUCGCAACAAGAUGCGUCGUCAAGCCGUUUGCGGACGCGCUCGCUGCAGAACAAGUGUUUAUUUAGCCACCGCCUAACUUGCUCACGUAUUUAGAUAGACAAGACUUAUUCAUUUAACAUAAACAGAUGUAUAGUGAAAUUAAAACAUACUGUUACGAUUAAUCUCACUUACAAUGAUUAUAAUCAAACGUUUUUACAGAGUAACAGUAGGGCUCAGAUGCCAAAAUUAUUAUGUAAUUGUUCCGAAGUGUACGGAGUCCGAGUGGUGGCGUUCAGAAUGAAAGUAAAGUGUAGAUAUUACGAGAUGGCGCGGAAAGUGAAUUGAAUAUUUAAUGCAAUAAUUGAAUUAGACACCAAUAGUGUUAAUAUUUUCAAUGUACAUAGUAAUAUUUAUUGAAAAUAAAAAGUAUUAUGAAUAGGAUAUGUAACACUUCUUGUAAUUCUCCUUUAUCUUCAUAAAAUAUUUUCUAAUUGGUGUUACUUGGCUUGUUAAAAUAUACAAUGUUUAGCUGGAAAGUCUCUUAGACCAAAAUGGAAGUCUUCUGAAACCUAUAAUAUAUGUAAGUGUGUUAGCAUCUGUUGCGAACGUUUUAGAUAGUUAACAUGUAACAUUCCAUUAAUUAAGUUAUGUGUUAUGUACUUUGCAUCAUGUUAAUAAUCAUUAUUAUGCUCUCUUGCAAUUGCCACCGUAUGUAAAGAGCCAUAACUUUUGUUGUGAUCUUUGUUAAACAACUAUUAAUGUAAACAUAUUAUUCAUAAUAUUUUCGUCGACAAAGUAAAGUAAAAUAAAAUUGAAAAUGGU